AGUAUCAAUCGAAACAUCGUUGUGGUUGGUCGUGUUGUAUUUUGCGGUUAUAACCAACACUUAUUACGACAAACGAUCACAUUCCCCGCCUAAAUUUACCAAAAACUAACUUGUGUCAGUGAAGUUUACAGUGUUUAGUGCGAUAAUACAGUGAUAAAAGUCGUUCUGUGUGUAUUCAAUUGGGUUUAAAGAGGUUUUGUUACAAAAUCUCUUGUAAAACUCGUAUUAACGGAACUUUAGUCGUGUCGGAUUUGCCGUCGAUUCUAUCGGGUUAUUCGGAGGUCGCAAUGGUGUUGUGACCUGCAGUGAUGAUGAGACUCGAGGAGAAACAACACCGCUACCACAACCUGCUCCACGACGACCAUGCUAACGAAAUGUUAGAAGGUGAGGGGGCAGGGCUAGCGGCGCGCGUGGCCGACCUUGAAGUGAGGUGUGCGCGCCAGGCCGAGGAGCUGCUGUGUCUGCGGUCCACGCUGGCUGACGCGCUGCGACGACUGAACGCGCUCGAGGGACGGCCAGCUGCCACCACUGGACCGAGGAAUGGAACUUACACAGGGUCAGGAGGCACUCCAACUAGAGAGCUGCGCCUAAGACAGCCCACGUACAGGGAGACGGCAAAACGGACUUCCAGCUACGGCUCCACAGCAUCAUCAUUACCACAGAGACGCGGUCCUCAGCACCAGUCGACGGGCUCACUGCAGUCGGACUCCCCCGCGUCCUCCUCCUCCCUCUCCCCCGCGCCCUCUCCCUCCCCGCGCGCCACCCCCGCCCCGCACCCACACCCACACCCGGCACACCCUCCAUCGCAACCAUACAGAUCUCGCAACAACUCAACGUCGAGUAAUCAAAGCGUGUCCCCUGGCCACCUCACUAAACGAUGGAACUCCACAGGGGACUUCAAUGCACAAGGCCUCAUAUCCACUACGAGAUUUACUACUACAAAGUCGUUGCUAAAUUUGUAUUCUAAGUCGUCACAAAACGGGUCUAUAUUGAAGCACGGUACACACACAUGUCAGUACAACGAGGAGGAUGGCACGAUGCGUAUGUACCUGCGAGGUCGGCCCGUCGUGUUGUACGAGCCUAGCGACCUGGAGAACCUGGACCCCGCGAAGGUGGCGCCCCCACCGCAGAACAAACUCAAGCUCGAAUGGGUUUAUGGUUACAGAGGCAAAGACUGUCGUAGUAAUCUCUAUUUAUUACCCACCGGUGAGAUGGUGUACUUCGUGGCGGCCGUGGUAGUGCUUUUCAACGUGGACGAGCAGUGUCAGCGCCAUUACACGGGCCACACGGAUGACGUCAAGUGUCUGGCGGUCCACCCCAACAAACUGAUCAUAGCCAGUGGUCAAUGCGCCGGCCAUGAUAGGCUGGACGCCAGGCCCCACGUGCGGGUGUGGAACAGCGUGUCGCUGGCCACGCUGGCGGUGAUCGGCGCCGGACAGAUGGAGCGGGCGGUGGCGUGCGUCACGUUCUCGCGGGCGGACGGCGGGUCGCUGCUGGCCUGCGUGGACGACGGGCCCGACCACAACAUAUCCGUGUGGGAGUGGCAGAGGCCGGACAAGGGACACUGUCUGGCCGAGACUAAGUGUUCCGUGGAUACAGUAGUGGCUGCGGAGUUCCACCCUCUAGACCGCAACCAAAUAGUGACGUGCGGCAAAAACAACAUCGCCUUCUGGACCUUGGACCAGACCAACGUACUGUACAAGAGACUCGGAGUAUUCGACUCGCGAGACAAGCCAAAGUAUGUCACCUGCUUAGGGUUCAAUCAAGACGGUGACGUUCUGUCCGGGGACUCGAACGGCAACAUAAUAGUGUGGGGCCGCGGCACCAACACCAUCGCCAAGUUGGUGCGCGGCGUGCACUCCGGCGCCGUGUUCGCCGUGUGCCCGCUCAAGGACGGCCGCCUGCUCACGGCCGGCGGCAAGGACGGCCGGAUCGUGGCCUUCGAUGCGGACAUGAACGCCACCGGGGUCGAGGCCGUCAUCGAGGGCCACUACGGCGGCGUGCGCGCCGUGAGCGAGGGCCGCGGCAGCCAGGUGCUGGUGGGCACCACCCGCAACUGCAUCUUGCACGGGGACCUCGAGCUGGGCUUCACGCCCGCCGUGCUCGGGCACGUGGACGAAGUGUGGGGCUUGGCGGCCCAUCCCACGUUGAACCAGUUCGCCACCGCGGGGUGGGACAGGCUGCUGCAGCUCUGGGACGGACUCAGUCACUGCACUGUCUGGAGCAAGGACAUCGAGGAGCGCGCCCAGUGCUGCGCGUGGUCGGCGGACGGCGGCGUGCUGGCGGUGGGCACGCUCACGGGCGCCUGGCUCGUGUUCCAUCCGCACUCAAGGGAGCUGCUGGCCCACCACCAGGACGGUACAGAGCCGAUCCAGACGAUCCAAUACUCGCCCGACAACAACAUGGUGGCGAUCGGGUCCCGCGACAACUUCAUAUACGUGUACCGAGUGGAGGGGGAGGGCGCCCGGUACAGCCGCGUCGGGAAAUGUCUGGGUCACUCUAGCUUCAUCACACACCUCGAUUGGUCUGAAGAUAGUCAAUAUAUAAGAAGCAACUCUGGAGAUUACGAGCUGUUAUUCUGGAACGCGACGACAUGUCGCCAGGUGUCGUCCCCGUCCAGCGUGAGGGACGUGGCGUGGGCCACCAACUACUGCCCCAUCACCGCCACCACCGUGGGCGUGUGGCCCGACGGGGCCGACGGGACGGACAUCAACUCCUGCACCAGAUCGCACGACGGUCGCCUCGCAGCUACCGGAGACGAUUUCGGCAAAGUCAAACUUUACGCUUACCCUGUCACACAACCCAAGUCGCUGUGCCACCAGUACGGCGGGCACUCGUCGCACGUCACGUGCGUGCGCUUCCUCAGCGACGGCGCGCGCCUGCUCAGCGCCGGCGGCGCCGACACCGCGCUCAUGCAGUGGGCGCUCGACUGAACGCCACACUGCACUGCACUACACUACACUGCACUGCACUACACUAUCAAUAGGGUAAUUGACACUUU